GGGAGGGGGGCGGGACCCCAGCCCUCUCACGCCGGAAGUGGUUUGCGUUUUCAAGAUGGCGACUCCCUAUGUAACUGAUGAGACCGGCGGCAAGUACAUCGCUUCAACACAGCGACCUGACGGGACCUGGCGAAAGCAACGGAGGGUGAAAGAAGGCUAUGUGCCCCAGGAGGAGGUCCCAGUGUAUGAGAACAAGUAUGUGAAGUUUUUCAAGAGUAAACCAGAACUGCCCCCCGGCCUGAGCCCGGAGGCCACUGCUCCGGUCACCCCAUCCAGGCCGGAAGGUGGUGAACCAGGCCUCUCCAAGACAGCCAAACGCAACCUGAAGCGGAAGGAGAAGAGGCGGCAGCAGCAAGAGAAAGGGGAGGCGGAGGCCUUGAGCCGGACUCUCGAGAAGGUGUCCCUGGGAGAGACAGCCCAGGUCCCCAGUGCCCCACAGGCCUCCCGGGCAGUGCCUGCAGCUGCCUCCGACCAGCCUGACUCAGCUGCCACCGCUGAGAAGGCCAAGAAGAUAAAGAACCUAAAGAAGAAGCUUCGGCAGGUGGAAGAGCUGCAGCAGCGGAUCCAGGCUGGGGAAAUCAGCCAGCCCAGCAAAGAGCAGCUGGAGAAGCUAGCGAGGAGGAGGGCAUUGGAGGAGGAGCUAGAGGACUUGGAGCUGGGCCUGUGAGGCCUUUGGGGAAUAGAGGAUGGACUGCAGAACAAACCAUGGGGCUCUCUGGGGUCCUGGGGAACGUGGGCAGCAGCAGUCAGGAGGGGUACCCCCGUACUGGCUCACUUCAACCUCUCAUGGCCCAAUUCCGUCCUCCAGAGCCUAGCCUCUCCCUCAUUCCUUCCCUUUUUUUUCCCAACUCCUAUUUUUUUGGACUUUUCUCCCUCCCAUUCCCAGUGUUCAAAAUCUCAGUGACUAUCCCAGGUACCUUUGCUGCUGAUUUGGGUGUCUUGUUUAAAAGAAAAUUGGGUGGGUGGGAGUCUCUUGGAGAACUGAGGUUGAGGGUAGGGGGAGUACGCCCAAGUCUUGGAGUCUUGGUUCCGGUUCACAGUGUUUAUGGGUUAUUUCCCCCUCCAUCCCUAACCUCUUUUUUUUUUUUUUUUCUUUUUUUUUUUAAAGAACAGAAUAAACUCAAGUAGACAACA